AUGGAAAGGGUGACUAAAUAUGGUACACCAUGGAUGAAUGUUCAUACCUGUACACCUUCGACGAAAAGGCGAGGAAAAAGCGAAAAUCAGUGCUACUUCAUUCAGAAGCCGCAAGUUGAAACAGUAAACGGAAGUACGGUGCUUCCGAUAGUACAGGUGCUGGAGGGACUGAGUUCUGAAAUUCUGUGUUCUAGACCUCCAACAUUCCUGAAUGAGGUUGAAUUGCUUUUUAUCAAGGUAGGAGAAAGCGAGAAACUUAUUUGCUGUCUUAUAACCUACACUAUAAUUGAGAAGUUUGGAAACGAUAUGUGA